CGAUGACGUCAUCACCUGACGAUGACAUGCUAUUUUUUCACGGCAAUUUGUAACUUAUGGUUAACUUUCUCUAGUGUACAACCAAGACAGAUUCGUUAAAAGCUGUGUGACUGUUCAAUUAUAUUUGUUGACAGCGGUUUAUUAAACACCCGACUGUCUUCAUUUACCCAGAAUGCCUCGCUUGCUGGAGUGACUGUGUAGAAUAGCAUCAGCCAGCUAGCUAACUACAUUUGACAUUCAUUAAGUUGUCGCUACUAUGCAUGUUUACUGUAUGAAAUAAGAUAAAAGAGGGAAAUAAAAUAAAAGGGGAAGGCGAAAUCUGUUGUUGUCAAUACACCAGCAAUGCCUCUCUUCACGACCAACCCAUUUGACCAAGAUGUUGAGAAAGCAACCAGUGAGAUGAACACAGCUGAGGACUGGGGCCUCAUUCUGGACAUAUGUGAUAAGAUAGGACAGUCACGCACUGGGCCUAAAGAAUGUCUUCGUUCUGUAAUGAGAAGAGUGAACCAUAAGGAUCCCCACGUGGCCAUGCAGGCACUGACUCUCCUUGGUGCUUGUGUCUCAAACUGUGGCAAGAUAUUCCACUUGGAGGUGUGCUCCAGAGAGUUUGCAAGUGAAGUCAGCAACGUCUUAAACAAGGGCCACCCCAAAGUGUGUGAAAAGCUGAAAGCCCUGAUGGUGGAGUGGGCAGAGGACUUCCGCAACGAUCCCCAACUCAGUCUGAUCUCAGCUAUGAUCAAGAAUCUACGCGAGCAGGGUGUAACUUUCCCAGCUGUCGGGUCCCAGGCUGCAGAGCAAGCAAAAGCAAGCCCUGCUUUAGUGGCAAAGGAUCCCUCCACCUCAACAAACAAAAAAGAAGAAGAAGACUUGGCCAAAGCUAUUGAGUUGUCGCUAAAGGAGCAACGUCAGCAGCCGCAGACCUCCCUGUCGAGCCUUUACCCAAACACUUCCAGCCUGCUCUCCUCAAACAAGUCCGACGGCAGGAAAGUCCGUGCCAUCUACGACUUUGAGGCCGCUGAGGACAAUGAGCUCACCUUCAAGUCAGGAGAAAUCAUCACUAUCCUGGACGAUAGUGACCCCAACUGGUGGAAAGGGGAAACAUACCAGGGAGUGGGGUUGUUCCCCUCUAACUUUGUCACAGCUGACCUCACUGCAGAGCCUGAGAUGAUGAAGACAGAGAAGAAGAGCGUACAAUUCAGUGAGGACAUCCAGGUGGAGACCAUAGAGCCCGAACAAGAGCCUGUAUAUAUAGACGAAGACAAAAUGGACCAGCUACUGCAGAUGAUCCAGAGUGCAGAUCCCACAGACAACCAGUCAGACAGCGUCGAGUUACUACAGUUGGAAGGUGCCUGCAAUCAAAUGGGGCCCCUCAUUGACCAGAAGUUGGACGAUAUAGACAGGAAGCACUCCGAGCUGUCAGAUCUGAAUGUGAAGGUGAUGGAAGCUCUGUCUUUGUAUGCCAAGAUAAUGAAUGAAGAUCCAGUUUACGCCAUGUAUGCCAAGCUACAGAGCCAACAGUACUACAUGCAGCAACCUGCCAACGCAGCACAACAGGUCUACGCUGGUCAGCCUGCAUCAGGUUCGUAUGCCAUGAGCGGUACUACGGUGCAGGGUUACACUGUUCCCAUGGAGCAGCUUCCAGCUGGAACCCCCAUACCUGGUCAGCCAGCUCCCAGUGAUGUUCAUAUGUACAUGGGCCAGCCACCAGUCUACACUGCAGCUCCAGGCAGCAUGGCCCCAGCAGACUUACAGUCCUACCAGCUCCCAGCCCCUGGCCAGGCCCCAGGCAUGACGCAGAUGCCAAACUACAGCACCUCCUCUGGGCCGAGCAUAGCACCUUCCUCAGACCCCUCACAGGCCCCCUACUCAGAGAAAGCCUUGCUAUAGGCCCCCCUGAGCUCACCGUUAUCGCCACACAUACACAUGAACCAGACCUGAUCAAAUAGUGGUCUUAGAUCAUUUAUUUUAUUAUGUUUUAUGAUUAGUUUUAUCAUAGAACACCAGCUGGAUGAAACAAUUCAAAUAGAGUAGACUAAACAACUUGACAGUUGGCACACUUUGAGUUGUUUUAUGUGGCAGAUAAAUAUACAGUUACACUUCUCACUCCAGGUUUAGAAGUGAUCACGAGGGUUUGAUUUGAAGAGCUCCCACCAAGACAUGCAUAGUAUGAAAAUGGACACACUGUGUUCUUUUAAUUGAUGAUGUUUCUGCAUUUUCACUCUUUUUCUCCAUGCCUUUACAUGACUCAGAUGUGAAGACACGGAGGAGCUUUUAUUUGCACUUUUAUCUUCAGUUGCACUUAUUUAAGUUUUGGUCAUUUAAGCCUGAUCACUUCCAAAUCUAGAUAUAUAAGCAAUAUAUGCAUUGUCCAUUUUUUAUGUACGAGAAUUACGAAAAUACGGACUUCUAAAAUAAAGCAUUAACAAAAUUGCUUUGAGAAAACAAGUGUAGCUGUAGCCACUUAUCUAACCUAACUACAAAAUAUAUAUGCAAUUACUAUUUGAUCAAGUGUGAUAUACACACAUGCAUUCCUUCACAUCACCCCUAAACAUGCCCACUGAAGCUACACACAGGAUACAAACACACUACAGACAGGUGUACAGCAGCAGAGACACACCAGUUGGUUCACACAUCCUCAGUCGUGUAUGAUAAUUUACCCUCACUCACACACUAAUAUACCACAGCCUUCUCACCCACUUAAAGCAACUGCAGUGCUAAUCAUGUCUCAAAAAAGGGGCGUCAACUUACAUUUCACCUGACUUUCUUUCUUUCUUUUUUUUUUUUGAUCAGAAAAAGGACUUUUAGCGAUGCUAAAAACGUUGAGUUACUACAUUCUGUAUAUGUGAUCAACUUUUAGAAGUACUGAAAACUGAAGCCACUUUGUUUUUUGGAGGGAAAAAGAAACCAGAGGAAUUGAAGCAUGCACAUGACUCUUGUAUAUACUGUAAUGAACUAGUAGUGAAGCCACAUGAUGACCUCAUGGGUGGGCUGGAUGUUAGCACAGCUCCAAGUGUUUCUCUCAGCCUUAAAGGUGAACUCUGCAGUCAUGAUGUCCCUGCUGAACUAAAGGUGUAAAAGCCAAAGAGAGAAAAAUGGGAAAAAAAAACGCCAGAUAACAAGAUUUUUCUUUUUAUUCUUUUCUUAAGAUUGACUUUUAACAUCAUACUGCAGAGUUUUCCUUUUCAAAAUGAGCAGCUCUUGAUCCUUGUUGGUAGAUGUAGGGUUUGCUUUGUCUCUAUUCAGGGGCUGUACUAACACACUACAGAUUUGGCUACUAAAGGGCAAACUGAACUGCCCGUGUCUUUAAAGCAUCUCUUUAGUCAGUGUUAAAACGUGAAUACUAUGGGUUUUUUUUGUAGUGCAUUUUAAUUUAUGUUUUGAUUAUUGUUAUGCUAUUUUAUAUGAAGAAGCAGUGCAGGAUGUAUGUAUUCAGAGAAAAGUGUAAUAUGUGAUAUUCUGCCUAACUUAGUUGUAUAUUUAAGUCACUCACAUGAGAAUGUUUUCUCAGUAUUUGAUAAUGCUUAUUGUACUGUAGGGUCAAAUGGAUGGUAAUGUGAAAAACUGAUCUAACCUCCCCAUGCAUUUCAAACCUGUCCUUUCUCAGAGCUGUCUAACACUAAAACAAAUUCUACCUGAAGCAGAACUGAAAUACAGUUUUAUGAUUCUGGAAUGCACAGUCAGGAUUUGCAAAACACCUCUUUCUCAAGGUUUCGCUAAAGCUAUCAGUUACCGUGACCCUUUAAGUUGAAAUAUUGUAGAAAGUCUACUUCUCGUAUUAUACUUUACCUACUCUUCCAUGGCUUCUAUGUGUUCAAAGUCUUUGGGAAAAAGUUGAUGUUUAAGAAUACUGACUGGAUUGCAAAACACUGAUGAAACAGGAAAAUGAUUUAUCCGUUGUCUGAUAUUGAACGAUGCUACAUGAAGGAAUUAUGAAGCAGUUUUAAAUAUGAUGAAGUAGAUUUUCCAGUUGCGGGACAAAUUGGUGUUGAUAUGAUAUUUGUGUCAUUUCAAUUUCUCUUGAAAUACUAUAAUUGUGCUCCUCGUUGCCACCCAUGUGCCACCGUAAGAAUAUAAAACAACCCACAACGUGAGCCUUGGUACCUGGGACUUUGCAAAUGUGAAGCCAUUUAAUUCUCCAGAACUUGAUUUUAGCAUUAACAUACUUGAUUUUAAAGAUUAGAAAUAUUUGCUGCCUUUAACUAAGUGCAAGAGUGAAAUAGUGUUAAUCUGUUGGAUCAAAGAGGGCUGUAAAUAUCAAAUAUAUAAAAAGUAGCAGCUAUUCUGGGACCACAGGACCAGGAGCCAGUUAAUCAUCACACAUCAUCCAAAUGUAAAAUCUUGUUGCAACAUAGUGUUGGACUGCAGCCCCGAUGUAACUUUAUUGCACAGGAGUGAGACGCUGCCUGUUUUUAAGUUUUAAACAUCAUUAUUGUAAAGGUUAUAUCUGAACUUGUAUCCUGAUGUUUGUAUGUAUUCUUUUAACCAUACUUAUUAAUUGGUAUUCACAAUAAAACCAGGCCAAAUGUACAGAAUAA